AUGAGCUUAACUUCCGAUCAAACUCUGGUUCCUAACAAAUCGGCGAUUGAAAAUCCAGAAGAGUCGGUUGAGAUUGCUCCGAUCUCAGAGGCUUUCGUGUCUGGUAAAGAUCAAUCGAAUGAUUCCAUCGAGAGCUACAUUGCGUCUUUGAAUCAAUUCACUUCACCAACGUCUGUAAUUCCAAUCUCAUUACAAGUAACUCCAUUGUCAUGCACAUCGCCUGCUCUGUCAUCCAUAUCAACUCUUGAAACGACUCCAUUUUCAUCCUCCCCAAUAACUGCUGAAGCUGCUGUGUUCCAUGUUGAUUCAGUAACUCAUGAUGAAGCCACAACAGAAGAGUCUGAUCCAAUCAAACUAGAAUCAUUGGUAAAGCAUCUGAAGGAAUCCAUGUUUCAGGUUUUGCAUUCUGCUGAUAUUGGUCCACAGUAA